AUGAGAUUCGCAUCGCUCGUGCCGUUUACGACGCUGGCGCUUUCCUUGGCGGGCGUGGCCUCCGCCGCCGCGCUGUACGACGGGAGCCAGCAGGCGUUCCUCAACACGCUCGCCUCGCGCAAUGCCGACGGCCGCGCCACCGAAGACGCCUUCGGCGACCCCGAGUACACCUGGCCGGAGCCCGACCCGACGCUGCCGCUCGACUCGCUGCCGGACGCGCGCCCCGCCGUGCAAAAGCGUCGCUUCCGCUCGCGUCUGGUCGAGGCCGAGAUCCGUCGCAUCACCGACAAGAUCGCCGACCCAGCGGUGAAGCGCAUCUUCGCCAACGCCUAUCCCAACACCCUCGAUACCACCGUGGGCUGGACAGAUCUGCAGCUCAACCACCCGGACUCGGCCACCGCCUUCCCGCGCGCGUUCAUCAUCACGGGCGACAUCCUUGCCGCGUGGCUGCGCGACUCGUCCAACCAGAUCUUCACCUACCUUCCGCUGCUCCAGUCUCCGCCCGAGCCCUAUGCGGUCGGGGACAAGGACUGGCUCAAGCUGUAUCGGCUUGCACUGGGGCUGCUGUACCAGCAGUCGCAGCAGGUGAUCACCUAUCCGCUCGCCAACUCGUUUGGUCCUCCCAAGUCGGCCACCAUCACCAACAAGAAGAACCCGGCGGUGGGGGAUGGAGACGAUGCAGACUGGGUGCAACCGCCCGUACCCGGCAGCAAGGGACACUAUUUGCCCCAGCCACCCAGCAACUACACCAAGGUCGAGGGGAAUGACGGCGUGUAUCUGUGGGAGACCAAGUGGGAGGUGGAUUCGCUCGCGGCGCAUCUGCGUCUGCCGUCGCUGCUGGCCGAGUAUGCCAACCGCACCGACUUUUUGGACAACGAGACGUGGCAGAGGGGCGUGAGGAUGGCCAUUGAUACGCUGCGUGCUCAGCAGCGCGGCUCGCGCGAGGAACACGCCGCGUACGAGGCGUCCAACUCCACCACGCUGCUGCCGCCCAACAUCACCGAGCGCAGCGAGUGGGCACAGCGUUUCGGUAGCGUCCAGGGCGGCGUGUACCGCUUCCAGCGUGAGGCGCGCUCGGCCACCGAGACCAAAGCCGACUUGGGCUGGGGCGAACCAGCCCGUCGCAACGGCUUGGUCAAGAGUGGCUUCCGUCCCUCGGAUGAUGCCACUACACUGCCGCACCUCAUCCCCUCGAAUGCGCAGCUUGCCGUGGCGCUCGAAAAGCUCGCUCCGCUGCUGGACAAUACGACGGCGAUGAGCGAUGUGGCUGCCAACGCGCGCUCGUUUGCGGCCGACAUUCGCGCUGCCAUUGCCCAGGAAGCCGUUCUUCCCAACCGCCUCGCCGGAGGCCAGGACAUCUAUGCGUUCGAAGUCGACGGCUACGGCAGCGCGUACUUCAUGGACGAUGCCAACGUGCCCUCCCUACUCAGUCUGCCUUACCUCGGCUACAUCGAUGCGAGCGAUGAGACGUAUCAGCGCACGCGCGCCUUCGUCCUGUCGCAGGAUACCUCCAAGUGGUUCUACUCGGGUGCGGAUUUCAGCGGCAUUGGUGGCCCGCACGUCGGCACCAACUACGCCUGGCCAAUGUCGCGCAUCAUGCAGAUCCUCACCACCACCAACGCAGACGAACAGCUCCACGCCCUCAGCCUCCUCCGCAACACCACCGCCGGCACAGGCCUCAUCCACGAAUCCAUCAACGUCCACAAUGCCACCGACUUCACCCGACCCUGGUUCGGAUGGGCAAACGGCCUCUUUGGCGAAGCCAUCCGCCACAUCGAUCAGACGAACCCCGACAUCCUCCAGCACACCUUCUAA